AUGUUCCAGCUGGCGGCGAUCGAGAAGAGCGUCAAGGAUAUUUCCAUCUCCCACGACACCACGCCUACGCGCUCGUCGCCUAGAAAUGAGCUGCUUAUCGUGUCCUCCCACGACUCUCCCUCCAUCACUAUUGCCGCAUAUGAAGGUGACACCUCCUUCGGCUCCCAGACGCUGCAGGCUGGCGAUGCCGCAGACCGGACCGUCGCAUGCGUGCUCGGCAGCAACCCAACCGUUGAGAUCCGCAGCGCCCUUUCCUCACUCAAAGAUAGUCUUGAAUCCCACGGCACGUCCACCCGCGUGAACGAGGCCUAUGUCUCCCCAUCCGCUCCGCGUCAUAUCUGA